CAGCAAGACACUAGCAACUAAUCUGGUAUCCAGGUUAGCUCUUAGUAACUAAUCUGUAUCCAGGUUUGAUCUUCAAUUUUAUCAACCAUGGCCGCCACCAUGACCAGCUGCGUGCUUACCUCCGCCGCUUCCCUCGCCGGUUGCCAAAUUGCGGCUCCCCGCCAACAGCAGGUGGUCAGGCGGUCCCUUGCUGCUGUCCGCUGCGAGGCAACAGCGUCGGAUGACAAGCACGUCAUCUCCCGGCGAUCAGCCGCUGCUUUCGGCCUAGCUGCUCUCCUCGCUGCCGUCCCCGCUUCCUCCGCCUCCGCUAAAGACAUCCCCCUCUUCGGCAUUAGGAGGAAGGCUGCUGAGGAGCCCGCUGCGCCUGAAGCUGCUGCUCCCGCUCCCGCGGUUGCUUCAUCGCCUGCUGCUCCGGUCUCCGCUCCUGCUAUCGGUGUUCCGGUCACGUCCGAGAGCGACAUUCCCGCUGAGACUCAGGCUGUUGCCGUUGCUGCCGUGGAGGUCGUUGCUGUGCUUACCGCUGGCGCUAUCGUCAAGUCGGUGACAUCUUAAAGUAACUUAUGUACCUAAGGAAAAACCGUGUAUCUACAAUUUUCUUUAAUAACGCUUCCCGUUUCCACUGACGUUUUUCGUCUGGGUUUUGAAAAUAUUGUCCCGCAAAUCUA